AUGGGAGGGACCAGAAAGUGGGCAGCUCCAGCGCGCGCCCCUUCCUCCCUCCCGCGCGCCACACUCCACACCGGCAGUGGCGCGUGAGCACGGUGACAGACAGAUGACGAGGGGGAGAAAAGCUGCGCGCGACGAGACGGGGGACAAAAACAAUCAAACAAACAGAGGAGUUGCUGGUGAAGGGAGGAACAAACAAACAAAUAAGUAAUCAGGUGCCGCCAGAGUGAAUAAAAAGGAAAAUCAGUUGUCGGGAAGCUCUGGACCGUCCGAUGUUCCAACUAGUGGAGGAAGGCGGAGCGAGAAGCGCCGGAGAGCCGAAACCGACUCCGGCAUAAUUGGGAUUACAGUGGGAGUGGCUGUACCUGCUGAUUGAUCGUCAUCUGAUUUACUGUUCAGGUAUGCAGAGGAUGGAUUCCUCCGACAGAUCUUUUGAUGAUUCUAUUCCACAGAUACAUUCGUUUGCUCCUCGUCUCUGCACCUCAGACCUCCCUGGAGUUCACUCCCACCCCAACGCAGGGCGCCUGCAUCCCCCCUUUAGGCCCCCUGGCUUCCCUCUCAUCCACCACCUCCUCCAGCCAGGAGGAGCUCCCAGGAGUAGCGAAGGGCAACUCUCCGCACAAAACACAACACAGCUGAGCAUGCACAGGUGCCUGGAAAACACAAACACGGAAAAAGACAGGAGUGAGAGAGAGGAGCAGGUGGAAGGUGGAGAGGAAGGAGCAGUGGAGGGGGAGGAGGGCGUCCUAGUGGUUAAGAAGAGGCACAGUGAGGUUCUCCUUACACCAGAGUGGAGUAAAGACAUCCUGAAGGUGAAGAGGAUGAAACUGGAGACCCGACAGAGAGAUGGAGGAAUGGAGGAGAGAGGCAGGAGGCGAGAUGAAGGGAAGGAGGGGCGGAGAAGAGAGAGGGAGGAGCUGAAAGAGCAACUAGAAGAGGCAAGAGAGAGACUGCGAGCCCUCCAGGAGAAAGUAUGGAGAGCUUUGGGGAGAAAACCCAUGGGAGAGGAGAAGAAAAGGAGGUACAGAAAUGCAAACAAAGGAGAUGGAGAUGUGGACAUCACAGAGGAGGAGAACGUGAUGGAAGGAUAUGAUGAGGAGGAUAUAGAUGAUAGAGAAGUGCAAAAGGAAACUUUCUCCCUUCUUACCACACCUCCUUUGAGUUACAAACAAAAAGAGGAGAGCAAAAAGAUAAAGGGGAGGAUAGCGAGAGAGGUGAAAGGGUAGCUGAAUGUGGAGGGUGUGAUUGGAGGGAGCGGGCUGUGGGUUACUGUUGGAGGGCUGGUGAGAGGAGACUGGGAUGUAGGGAUUGAGGUGGAGGGAGAAGAAGGAGGACAGAAGUUUGCUCAGGUGCUGAAUGUGGAACUCCGGCAGCGCCGUGCUCGAGUCAUUGACCGAGUUCUCCGUCUUUACGCCGGAACGCCAGAUUUCACUCCGUCCUCUCCUCCUGCUGCUAUUUCGUUCCUCCCGUCGGACGCCUCCAACGAUGGAGGGGAAAAAGCAGUGUGGAUGGGCCUCCUGACGAGAGGAAGGAGGGAAGAAAAGACGAGGGAUAAGGAAGAAAAAGUCGUCGGGAAGGAUGAAGAGAGGGAAAAGCAGAUCCAGAAGAUGAGUGCUGCACCUCCACAUCGUACUGAACCAUCCGAUCUGACUGUGCCAUUGGCUCUUCAAAGGUCACCUGAUGUGCGAAAGGCCCCCCUUCUCGGCCCGCCUCUGUCCACCUCCCUCACUCCCUCUCACCCAAACCUCUCCCUGCAUCACCCCUCUUUACCUCACUUUCCUCCCCUUUCUCAUCCUCCCCUUUUGCCCCCAACUGCACAACCCAAAGACCCCUCCUCCUUCAACCCCUCCUCCUCGUCCUCCUCCUCUUCCUCGUCAUCCUUCCCUGCACCUCCUCCCCCUCCUCCUCUCCCUCUCCCUCUGCUCCACUACUCCAUGCAGCAGCUCUUCUCUCGCUCCCUCCACCACCCUCCGCUCCCCCAAUCCCGCAAGGACUAUUUGAACUCGGACCCUUUCUUCGAGUUCCCAUCUCACCCCGCCUUCCCUCCGCUCCCACUCCUCGCCCACCUGGACCCCUCCCUCGCACGGCACGGGAACAGAGAGCGGGAGAGAGGGGUGAGAGGAGACGGGGGGAUGAGAGGAGGUGGAGGAGUGGACGGAGGGGAGCUAUACCUGCCAGCCGGGGGAACCCAGGAGGGCUUGUCUCCUUGUCACCUGAAGAAAGCCAAGCUCAUGUUCUUCUACACCCGCUAUCCCAGCUCCGGCACGCUCAAGACAUAUUUCCCUGAUGUCAAGUUUAAUCGCUGUGUGACCUCCCAGAUGAUUAAGUGGUUCAGUAACUUCAGAGAGUUCUUCUACAUCCAGAUGGAGCGUUUCGCGCGGCAGGCUGUCUGCGAGGCCCUCACACGGGACGGUGUACCGCGUCUGGGCAUAGAGAGUCAGCUACGAGUGGGUCGGGAUACGGAGCUUUAUCGCAUCCUAAACAUGCACUACAAUAAAAGCAACGUUUACCAGGUCCCGGAGAGGUUUAUCGAGGUGUCUGAGGUGGCUCUGAGGGAGUUUUACUCAGCCAUUUGGACUGCGAGAGACAGCGACCCCUGCUGGAAGAAGGGGAUAUACAAAAUUUAUGUAAGCUUGACAGCCCCUGUGCCAAAUGCCUUCAGACUUCCCGGUUGUCCUGUUGGUUGAAGCUGCAGCGAUUUAAACUGGUACAUGUUGACCAAACACAGGAUCAAACCAACCUUCAGACUUUAACUUUGUGGCAUGAAAAAAAAUAUGCAAAUAAAUGAUAGUUUGGACUUUUUCCCCCCUCAAAGAUAAUUUGAAACUAUAAUAAAGCAUAGCUCUGACACAGAUAGACACAGUGUCAACAGCAGACUGGUAGACUCCACGCUGUGAUAAGAGUCUUAUGACAGCAUUUAUCCAAGACCAUCGAGUUAAACGGACAGAACAGGAAAUCACUUUCCUCAAGUUUUCCACUCGAUAAAUUAGACGUGUGAUCUCUCACUGCUGCUGCAGAGGGCUGAGGACAAACCUUGCAAAAAUUAGCACUGCUGCAGUUGCCUGUACUGACAGGCUUUAAAACGUGGUUAUAGAAAUCUGCAUAGGUACUGUGUGUAACGUAUUACCACGUUUAAAAAUCAUUGCAGUGAAUCUGUGCAUAUUUCAUGCGCAGUUUCAGUGGAAAUUGGACAUUUUUUUCUGAUCACUGGCCAGGAACAUCUAAGAAGUUUCAAAACUAUAUUCCCAUUUUAAAAAAUGCAAGCAGGAAACAACUGUAAAGCUGACUGAUAACAGAUUUUUUACAGAAAAGAACAAGUUGAAUCAUGAACGCUGUUGCACAACCUGCACACAUUAACAAUCGUGUCUCAUAUUUCAGCGUUGCUCUCCCUCAGGAGUGUUCACACUUCUGUACCGAUCUUCAAGAUAUCUCAAGAGUUUUGCCACUAAUCCAAGUGGAUUCUUCUGACCACAGUAAAUUAAUGUAGUAGCCUUUAUAGAGAGAUAACGACAUUAUUUAGCUUCUUCGCUUACUAAACCGUUUGUCCAACUGGGGAACAGUGUAUUUUCCUUUCAGUAUUUGAUUGUGUGUGGUUUUUCUUGUUGAAUGAGCAUAUGGCAGCUCUUCAGUUAGUCAUACCUUUCAGGUAAAGCAUUUGUACUGAUAUUCUGAUUUAAUUGUGUCCUGCAGAGUCGUUCUUCAAGAAUUAAUAAUGUUACACCUGAUUUUAAUUAAACUCCUCAGUAUUUGUGUAUUAACUUUCUCUCUAUGAACACAUCCGUCAGAGAUUGUGAUUGUUGUUGGCGAGUUAAAUUAAAAAUAUUUUAUUGCUGCCUUGUGAGUGAUUGUCCAAAUUACUUGUCGUUGCUCCAUUAUCAAGGAAGCUGUAUUUUUUAAUUUUUUGAUGAUUCUGAUGUACAUUUUUGGUUUCUCCUGGAGAAAAUGUAAACAAAACAUAUGACUGAUGAAUUAUAACUUCUUUUUUGACAUACUGUUGUUUCAUGAGUGUGGUUUCAGUCUGUGGCUUACUUUCACCUUCUCUGUAUGAAUGUUAAAUUAUACAAACCUUUUGGUAUAUGGCAUAACGUAAAGAACAUGUAAAUAAAUUCCAUGGAGAAGGGCCGUAUACUGAAUUUAAAAUGGUGAAAUGAAUACUUUUGUCAGAUGCAACUUAUUCUGAAAAUAUUGCUUGCAUUUGUAAUGUUGUAUUGGUGAAAUUAAACGCCGGUUGUACAGACAGUCGGUGUGCAGUUUUAAACUUGUAUUUUUCUUGGGCUCAGACACCAUGUAACUUUUGCAGGUGUGGAUCAUCGUUAUGAUUUAAUAGAUUGCGAAGAAGAAAAAAACUGAAUUAAAUAUGAUGUAUUUUCUCUCUGAUCACCAACUUUGGUGGCUGUUUAUAAAUUGCUGUAAAGCUUGAAUUACUUAUGUGAAAGUGAACCCCCCACAUAAAUUUAUUUGUGUUUGCAGGUGUAUAUUACCUAUAUUUGGAUUUUGUAUUGUAAUCUGUUUGGUUUCUCCUUCAUACAUAUUGUGUUUGUUCUUUUUGCGUGCCUCAUUCAGACGUUGGUGAGUUUGGUGUUUACACUCAUCGGUGAAUAAGUGGUAACAGGU